UCUAAAAUAUACAACAACACAAUUUACAGCGUCGCAGGUAGAAUCGUUGACAGAACUCAUGAAAAUGACAUCGACGAUCUCCUUGAAACGAAGAUUGGAGACCUGGAAUGGAACGGUGAAUUGGCGAAAGAAGCGGAGAACGAAUUAAAAACGCACUCGAAGACGGAUUCAAGAAAAGCUGACCUGAAGCUCGAAGGGACAGCUGAUGUCAAGGAUGAAAACAAAGAGCAAGCGCUUCUGGAACUCCUCCUACGCAUCCUUGGAGAAAACGAAGACAAAGUUCGCGGUAUUUCGCCAGGUUCACAAUAUGGAUGUGGCAGCUUGUACGAAAUGGAUUCACAAUAUGGAUGUGGCAGCUUGUACGAAGAAAUGGAUGAAGACCACUCUACCAGUCAGGUCAAGCUCGCUUGUCUCUUCCGUUGGACGCAUCUUGCC